AUGCAGUGGCAAGCGCUUCCGAACCUUCCACUGUGGUUGGUUCUCUGGUUUCAGCUCGGAGAGCUCGUGCAGGAGCAGCUCUCGCAGUCCGUGCGGGAGCGCGAGCUGGCGGCGGCUCGCAACUGGACGGACGGCGAGCGCGGCCCCGCCGUUUCCGCCGCCCCCACCGCCGCCGCCUGCCGCGCCCGCGGCCGCUGCCCCGCCUGGGAACCAGCGGCGGAGGAGUGCCCCGCGGCCGCACCCGAGCCCCCAGCAGGCUGGGACAGCGGGCCGCUGCUGUGGUGGGCGGGGCAGGUGCUCGGCGGCGCCGCGUGGCGCCUGUGGCAGGCGCGGUGCGGGGUCAGGACAGCCACGGCGGCGAGAGAUGGCGAGAGCUCACGUGCCCAUGAGUUGUGGCAUGAGGCGGCGGUGGGCUCGCGAGCCCGCGUGAGCUACUCGGACGACGACGUGGAUCAUGAGAUAUAUCUACUAUGGCCAGCUCGACGUGUGCGCGAGGACGGAUCGGGGAUAGAGGACGACGAGGUCUGGUGGGUUCUCUCUCCCGACGGGGACGUGUGGAAGGAACGGCCCGACGGGGGAGAUCCUCUGACAGGCCCGAGCGGGGCUCGACCGAUGCCGAACGUAGGCUACCCGUUGCUUGGCGCUCGGCGGCUGUACAAGUUCAGGGAGAGACCGAAUCUUGAGCAUAUCAUGGCGCUGAGCAGGGGGUGCCGUGACGUCGAGACGGCGAGGGGGCAGAAGAUGGAGGAAUGGCCGAGGUACGUUAUCGGGGACGAUGGUCAUCGUACUGAGCUGUCGGCUCGGCUGUGUUGCCUUGUGGGCGCCUCUCCCCCUGCAGACGCGAUCUGGGUGCUGGUGGGGCCAGGCGGCGGACGGGCCAUAGGCGAGGAAGUGCGCAUGGCACCGACGGACUUGAUGACUGGCAGCGACGGGCUGAAGUUCAUGGGAUCGGAGGUGUCCCGAGUGCGUCGAGUGGCUGUCGGUAGCGCGCCCGCGUUGGCCAGUGAGCAGAUAGCGCGCCCGCGCCGAGCCAUAGACGCGUUGGAGCCGCUGGUCGACAGAUCUGUAGAACAGGGGGUGAAGGACCAGCUCGGGCCGAACGCCAGCGAGAACGGUGGCGAGGCUGGCAGUGGAGAGGAGCGCAAAGCGACCAGUAGCGUGGACGACGUGAGGGCCCUCAGCGUCGGCUUCGACGGGCGCGGCGAGAGGUUCAAGGAUUGGGGCAGCGUGGUGAGCGAGAUCACGGCCGAGAGCUUCCCCGACGACCCGAUCGAUGGGCCCGUGUCGAUCGCCCACCUGGCGAAGGCCAUGUGUAAGAGCGGCGGCGACCCGAUGCGAUGGGUGGCCGAGUGGGGCCGAGAGCACCGCGUCGAGCGCGCGGAUCGGAUCUACGACGAGCUGGAGGUUCUUUGCCACGCCUUUCUGCUAGCAGGAACCUACGACCAGGUGAACUUGGGCGGUCUGAGGUCGUUGGAGAGGCUCGCGGGGCGGAUCCGGGUGAUCACCGACGCCCAUUCUGUGCCUGGGGCUCCAGCCAACUGGCGGAUGGCCCGCUACCUCACAGGCGAGACGGGCCCAGGAGACGUGGUGGCGCCUGAGUUGCGCAGCUUCGGUGCCAAGCGGGCCAAGGAGGACGCCGAGUUCUUGAACGCUCGUGUUCGGGGCCUCACGGCGGCCGAGCGGCCCGAGAGAGAGAAAGGUGACGGCAAGGGCGACAAGAAUGGGCCGAAAGGGCCGAAGAAGGCUCCCGACGCGACCGCCCAGACGGCGUCAGGGCGAGGACGGGCUCGACUUCGUCAGCGGCGCUUUCGCGAUGUACUGGUGAACGAGGCUGUUGACAGCCUCAAUUGGCUUGCAGGGGCACCCGUGGGGUCUUCCACGACGCCCGUGACGGCCGUGCAGCUCGGCGUCAUGCAGCGCAUCGAUGGGCAGGUGAACGACGUCGUGCAGCCGAUGCGAGGCGUGGAGCUGCAGCCUCCGCAUUCAGCCCUGCGGGAGUUGAUGCGAGGGAGGUCGCCUUACCUCGGCGGCCCUCCCGAGGACGUGCUCGCCCCUUGCCGACCUGGGCUGCCGUCGCUUCCUGGGGGCGUCGCCGAGGCGCCUGCGCUUCGUGAGCUGCUUCGGGGGCGAGCGCGCCAGUGCGUGGAUGGGCAGGGCGAGCGCAUGCUGCGGGACCACGAGAGCGUGCUCGAGGCGCUGGAGCGUUGCCCGCGGGUGCCCUUCAGCGAGCCAUCGCUGUGGCUGACGGCGGAGGGCCUCUCGGCUUUCGAGCUCGAGGAGGGCGGGGGCGCCGAGGGCCGCCUGCAGGCGGCCCUCCAGGCGGCGCUCGAGGACGUGGAGUUCUCGGUGGGGGUGGCGGACGUGAAGGGCGCCUUCCACCGCAUGCGGCUGCCGCUUUGGAUGAAGCGCUUGUUCGGCCUGCCCGCCCUGAAGGCCGGGGGCUUCGCGCCGAGCCUUCGCGACGGCGCGCCCCUCAGCGACGCGGGGAAGCCGUUGGUGCUCGGGUUGGCAGCGGGUGCGGCACAUAUCGAGCACUACGUGUACGUCGACAACACGGGCGUGAUCGGGCAGAACGGGGAGCGCGUGAGCCGCAGCUUCGACGAGCUGGUGCAGGCUUUCGAGGCCGUGGGUCUACGCGUCCACGGGCGCGAGGUUCGGAGUGACGUCAUCGAGGUGCUCGGCGCGGUGCUGGGCGGCCAGGGGCUGCAGACGCGCCCGACGCCGAAGAGGCUCUGGAGGGUGCGCCAGGCGAUCGCGGGACUGCUCCAACUUCGUGCAGGCCGUGGUGAUGACCUGCGCGUCCUGCUGGGGCACUGCGCGUACCUGGGCCCGGACGUCGCUCUUUGUGUCGACUAUGGUGAGAAGGCCUUGACCGAAUCCACGAUGCCCAGGGGUGACUACGAGAUGGGCCCCGAGUUCUGUGAGGCCGUUGUGGAUGCCUCGGACGCUGCCGAGAGCUCGGCCGACCGCGACGGGCCCUUCCCCAGCAGCAGAGCCAUCGUCGGCGUCGCGGCUGAGGGUGCUCACGCGGGAGAGAGCUCGAGGCGCGAGCGGGGCCCCGCUGGAAGGCGCGUCGCUGGAAAGCGGGCUCGGUCAGCUGGGGAGAGCUCGAGCGGCGCUACCAGCGAGUCCGAGGCCGCCGUCGAGCUCAAGCGGCAGAGGCCGCUGGUGAGGACUUUCAAGGUGCCAGCGGAGACGAUGGGCGCCUGCCUGGUCCACUACUUCACCUCGCUGUACCUGCUGGACGAGCAGGCUUCGACGGGGAUGUAUGUCGCGGCGGCUGUGAACCAUUUCCACACAAGGUUUGGGCGCUUGGGAGCGGCCGCGCUACCACGGAUGUGGAAGGCGCUGAAAGGAUGGAAGCGGCUGGCGCCUGGGAGAGCCCGGAUGCCCGAGCCGCUGGACAUCUGGUGUGCCCUUAUGCAUGUUCUGGUGUUACGGGGGCGACGGAUGAUUGCGGUGUUCUCGGCGCUGGCCGUGUCGACCUACCUCGGGCCGUCGUCCCUGUUCCGUCUACGCCCUGGCGACACAGUGAAACCAGGGGGUGGCAGUCAGCGCUGGGGGCUCCUCAUGCACCCCCAGGAGCGAGCGACGCCCGACAAGGUGGGGGAGUUCGACCUGAGCGUGAGGCUGGACUCCUCGUGGCUUCGGUGGAUCGGGCCAGUCCUGAGUGAGAUGCAGAUGCUCGAUCCUCGGGAGCCUGUGUGGGAGUUCGACUACCCCGAGCUGCUGCGCGAGAUGAAGGCGGCCUGCCGCGUGCUGCAGCUGCGACCCGUCACGCCGAAUCAGGCGCGGCACUCGGGCGCCGGUAUCGACCGUGCCAGCGGCGAGAGGACGCAGACAGAGGUGCAGCGGCGAGGAGGCUGGCGCCAGUUGAAGAACAUGGCGCGCUACGAGAAGAGCGCGCGCCUCGGGCAGCGCGCGCAGAUGCGCGGGCCGAUGCUGGAGGCGUGCGGCGACCAGUGCUUGCUGGAGCUGGAGCGCGCCUUGGUGUGGGGGCAUCCAGCCCUCGCCGAGCGGUUCAAAGCGCUCCUGAUCGGGGACGAGCUGGCCGCGAUCGGGUCGGGCCUCGCCGAGAGUAGGGUGCCUACCUGGAUGUGGCGAGGCGACGCCCUCUGCGACGAGCGGCUGGGCGCGCCCCUGGAGCGCCGCCUCCAGGCGCGCGUGCGGCGUGGCGAGGCAUUUGUGAUAGGACUGGCGUUCCUCGUAUCCGCCUACGGGGCAGAGAUAAAUUCGGAGUGA